ACCCGCAGCCAACCCCUACAAGUACAACAGAGGGGAAUCUGACACUGACUUCCCCUUUUUCCCUCAGUGCUAUGUCCUAGGAGGCUUGCACACUCCCAAUUUCUUCCCCUUCUUCGCUCGUGGUAUGUUCCAGGAGAGCACUGUAAACCAGUCUGACUCCUCCCCCGCUUUCACAUCGUGUGGUAUCUGCCAGGAGAGCACAGCUACUGGUACGUCUGCGUCUUUCCAGAGGCCCCCCUUCAGCUUCUCUGAACAUCAUUACACAGAUCCAGAGUGCAGAUCCAAAGACCUCCUCCUCCAGGAAGACCGCCCAAAAGAACGCCGCCACCCAUGCUCCCCGCCACUGAGACAGCUCCGCGGCUCUGCUCUGUGUACAAUAGAGUGAUUCAACAAUUUGGUUUCUUGGAGUCUCUGUUGAGCCUGUGGGCCAGACCCCACAGUGGAGGCUGCAGGAACUGUCUUCUGGCCUCAGCAGCUCAGCUCUGAUUGAGUCCACGGAGCCCACUUGGCUUCAGGCUCGUGGGAGGAGCAUCAGCAAGAGAGCUGGAGGGCUGAUGCCCAACAGGAACAUGCCAGCCAACUGGAGUUCUCCUGGGCCAUCCCUGGCUCGAGCUGUGGGGAGAUGUGACAACUCCUGUGAGGUCUCCGUGUCAUUCGAGGAUGUGACUGUGGACUUCAGCAGGGAGGAGUGGCAGCACUUGGACCCUGCUCAGAGACGCCUGUACCAGGAUGUGAUGCUGGAGAACUACAGCCACCUGCUCUCAGUGGGGUAUGAAGUUCCCAAACCAGAGGUCAUCUUCAAGUUGGAACAAGGAGAGGAGCCAUGGAUUUUGGAGAGAAAAACCCCACAUCAAAGCUGUUCAGAUGGGAGGUUUGGGAUUAAGACCUCACAAAAAAGAAUUUCUGGAAAAGCUUCAUUUCAUAGUGAGAUGGAGGGUGAAGAUACAAGAGAUGAUUCAUUGUAUUCCAUUUUAGAAGAACUGUGGCAAGAUUCUGAACAGAUAAAGAGAUAUCAGGAAAAACAGAGCAAACCUCUGAGUCAUGCUGCUUUCAUCCAUAAGAAAGUACUGAAUACAGAGUGGGAUUUUGAAUAUAAAGACAGUGGAAAAUUUGUUCAUCCAAGCCCAAAUCAUAUUCCUUCACAGAAAAGACCCCAUAAAUGUGACUCAUUGGGAAAGAGUUUUAGGCAUAAUUUGGACAUACGUAUUCCUAGUAAAAACAAUGCAACAAAGAACUUUGAUAAAAAUACUGGACAUGGUCAAGUUUUCACACAGAGCUCUUCUUGUACUAACCAUGAAAAUACUCAUACAGGAGUCCAAUUCUGUGAAAGUAAUCAGUGUGGAAAAGUCCUCGGUCUCAAACAGGCAUUCAGUCACAAUCUGAAGCUUCCUGUUGGGGAGAAAGCAGAUAUGUGUUCUGAAUUUGGGAAGAUCUUCACCCAGAAGUCACACCUCUUUGCACCUCAGAGAAUCCACACUGUGGAAAAACCUCAUGAACUUAGCAAAUGUGUAGAUGUGUUUACACAGAAGCCACUACUCAGUAUAUAUCUGAGAGUUCAUAGAGAUGAAAAACUGUAUAUAUGUACUGAAUGUGGGAAGGCAUUCAUCCAGAAUUCAGAACUAAUUGUGCAUAAGAAGACUCAUACUAGAGAAAAACCCUAUAAAUGCAAUGAAUGUGGAAAAUCAUUUUUCCAGGUGUCCUCUCUACUUAGGCAUCAGACAACUCACACUGGAGAAAAACUCUACGAAUGCAGUGAAUGUGGGAAAGGCUUCUCCCUGAACUCAGCCCUCAACGUACAUCAGAAAAUUCAUACUGGAGAGAGACACCACAAAUGCAGUGAGUGUGGGAAAGCCUUUACCCAAAAGUCAACACUCAGGAUGCAUCAGAGAAUUCAUACAGGAGAGAGAUCUUACAUAUGUACUGAAUGUGGGCAGGCCUUCAUCCAGAAGGCACACUUGAUUGCCCAUCAAAGAAUCCAUACUGGAGAGAAGCCUUAUGAAUGCAGUGACUGUGGGAAAUCUUUCCCUUCUAAGUCACAACUCCAGAUGCAUAAGCGAAUUCACACAGGAGAGAAACCCUAUAUAUGCACUGAAUGUGGGAAGGCCUUUACCAACAGGUCAAAUCUCAAUACUCACCAGAAAUCUCAUACAGGAGAGAAGUCUUAUAUAUGUGCUGAAUGUGGAAAGGCCUUCACCGACAGGUCAAAUUUCAAUAAACACCAGACAAUUCAUACCGGAGAGAAACCCUAUGUUUGUGCUGAUUGUGGGAGGGCCUUCAUCCAGAAGUCAGAGUUAAUUACACAUCAGAGAAUUCAUACUACAGAGAAGCCUUAUAAAUGUCCUGAGUGUGAGAAAUCCUUCUCCAAGAAACCACAUCUCAAAGUACAUCAGCGAAUUCACACAGGAGAGAAACCAUACAUGUGUGCAGAAUGUGGGAAGGCCUUCACUGACAGGUCAAAUUUCAAUAAACACCAGACAAUUCAUACUGGAGAUAAACCCUAUAAAUGCAGUGACUGUGGAAAGGGCUUCACUCAGAAAUCGGUCCUGAGUAUGCAUCGCAAUAUUCAUACAUGAAAGUAACCCUUUUUCUUACAAAUGAGGAAAGCCUUAUCACAGAAGUCAGGUCCAAGUGUGUCAUAAAACUCAUCCAAGACAGAUCCUGUAUGAAUACACUGCAUGAUAAAAAGCAUCCAUCAGCCUCUCUCCCUGAGAUAAGAAAAAUUAUUCAAAAGAGACCCUCUAAGAAUGCAUUGAAUAAAAGGGACUUCUCAUAUUUGCAUGGUCUCACAAAAUAUAAUAGAAUUCAUACUGGGAAGAAUGCUGUCAGUUUGAUGCAUUCAGAAAAGCCUCCCUAUAGAAAGUAUUAUAAGGCAAAUUGUUACCAAAUUCUUUAUAGAUGGAGUGAGCAAAAGUAUGUAAAUGACAGUCAUGUUUACUGUGUCAUAUUAAGCAAUGUAAAGUGGCAACAAAAUGAAAGGAAGAACAACAAAAUAAUGUAUUUGAUGUGUAGACCUACUCUCAGUUCUUCAGGGUGUUUGUGGCAGAACACAUUACACAACAGGAGGAAUCGUUGAAUUGAAAUUCUUUUUGGAAUUUAAUAUAAUUGUGUCUGUCCAAUAUCUUUCCUAUUGAAUCCUCCUGUGAAUCCACAGUUUUCAAGUCAUUAUGGUUUUAUAUAUACACACAUCUGCAGAUAUAAUCUCACUUGAACACAUAAAUAUAAUCCUAUAAUUCAUGCUGGUUUCCACGACAGUUUAUCUUCUUUCCUUGUGGUACAAUGCAAAAUAGCCACAGACCUCUCCCAUCCUUUUAUGCAUGUUACUCUUUUUUUUUUUUCUUUGAUUAAGAGGUAGAGCUCUCUCUACUCCUUGACUCUUGAGCUUGGCCAUGUGAUUUGCUCUGGCCAAUGUACAUUAGCAAAGAGAUUCAAGAGGCUGGAGAAAAAUCAGCCUUGAGCCUUGUCUUCUCUUGCUGCUCUCUGGAAUUCUGAGAACUUCAUGUGAAGAAACUCAAGAGUAUUCUGCUGGGGCAUGAGAAACCACACAGAACAGAGAUGAGCCAGCACAGAUGAGGCCUCUUAGAACAACUGCCAGGCAGGAGAGUGAGACCUUCCUCAACCUCCAGCCCCUGCCAAACUGGCCCACACCGAAAGAGCCAUACCAGUUACCCCAGCCAACCUGAAGAAUUAUGAGAUACAUAAAAUGAUUAUUGUUUUAAGCUACUAAGUUUUGGGUACUUUGUUGCACAGAAAAUGCUAAGUAAUACCUAAAAGUGUAUACACAUCGGGGCUGGGGGUGGAUUAUACAAAACAUAAGAUGUGGCAUUAGCUCUGGGCCUGGGUGGCAGGUGGAGACUGGAAACAAUGAGGAAAACUGUUAAGAAAGGCUGGAAAAGAUGGCAGCUCAUGUUAUUUACUAGGGAAAAGAAUAGCAAAACAGCAUGCUCUGUGAGAAGAUAGAGAAUAUACCAAAUGAACUUGUGGAGAAUGUUGGAAAUACCAAUUUGCUUCUUUUUAGCUGCAUACGGUGAGGUACCAGGAGAGAGAUGAACUAAGGAAAUAACUGUUCCAUUUACAAGCAGAAUUCAGAAGAAAUACCAAAAAAAGCCAGGACUUGCUGGGUUGGAAAAUAACUAUUUCUCACACAUCUCCAAGUCUCUCCAGCCAUCAAAAUAUUCUCACGGUGAAAAAUGGUCUCAGGGUAGAGAUCAAAUCAUGGAUGCAGCUAUAAGACCCUUUGUUAAAAUGUGUGAAAUAUUUGAGUUGGUGUUUGGGAGACUCUCUCAGCUAAACCCAAAGGCUUCUAAAAACUUCAUGACAUUGUCCAGUAGCCUGAAACAUUGCUAAAGUAGAGAGGGGCCUGUUGUAAAAAGAAUUGUCAAUGUGGCAUUUGGGGCAUGGACUAAAUACAGACGAGAUUUGUGGAACACCUUUAAGUUUCUAAUAGAGUUUUACUACCUCCGGGUUGGACUUAAAGGAAUUGAAACAGUCCAAAAUGAAAAGCAGCCUUGGACUACCUUCUCUAACUUCUAUGAACAUGAAGCAAGCAGAGAAAGUUACUCAGCUGCCAUUUCUUAUGGGAAAAGAAGGAUGUCUCAGAGAGAAGACCCAAGAACAAUAUAUUAAAAUGGACUGGGAAGCUAUUCCCAGGUAGAACUGUGACCCAGUCGAGAAACAUCUGCCACUGGAGCAGGGAGACCUGACGACAUUUGUUCUGUGCGACUUCAGAAUUGUUAUGGAACAGUGACUAAGAUGUGCCUCUUGUUCCUCCCUUCUUUUAAAUGAGAGUAUCUACUGCAGUUCACAGUCCCUGUCUCACCAGUGUGUGUGUGUGUGUGUGUGUGUGUGUGUGUGUGUGUAUGGGGGGGUGAUGGUCAUAUAACUUGUCAUUUAGCUCACAGGUCGCUGGAUCAAGAACCUAAGAAAUUGCACCCAAGGAGCUUCAGCCACAUCUGAACCUGAUACAGAAGACUUGAGGUCUUGGAUUUGAGCCUGAUGCCCUAAUUUGGGAUGAGACAUUUGGAGGUCUUGGAAUGAGGGUGAACAUAUUUUGCAUGGUGUGGUAAUAUAAAUAAUGACCAGAAGGUAGAUUGUGUUAGAUAGAAAAAUGUUACAAAUUUCUACCCUUUCUAUAUGUGUGUCCCUUUUCAAUCUUUAUUUUGCUUUGUGUUUCAGUUGGGGUAAUUUCUAUUAACCUAUCUUCAAGUUCACGAAUUUUAACCCCUACCCUGUUCGAUCUGUUUAACCCCUACUUCUGUUAGGGCUACUGAUGAACCCAAUUAAAGGCAUUCUUCAUCUGAGUUAUGUUUUCUUUAUUUCUAGUAUUUCCAUUUGACUCUUACAGUUUUCAUUCUUCUGCUGAAAUUCCCCAUCUGUUCAUACCUGUUGUUCACAUUUCCCACCAUCCCCUUUAACACAUUAAUCAUUGUUAAUUUCAAUUCCCUACUUGAUAAUACUAACAACUGGGUCAGCUGAGUCUGGAUUUUUUUAUUGCUCUGUCUCUUAACAGUGGACUGUUUAUUCUUGCUGUUUUGCAUCUAAUAAUUUUUGGCUGAAUGUUAGAUGUUGUAUGUAGGAGAAUAGAAACUGAGGUAAAUAAUAUUUAUUCCUGGAAAUAGUUACGACUGCUCUUCUGACAAAUCAUUAAGGGGGGAGGGGGUGAGUCCACCUAGUCAGAAUUUGGGCUGGGUUUAGGUUUUGUUGCUGUGGUACCUUCAUUGUACCAUAGACUUCAAAUUUCUCAAAUAUUACCGUGGGCUUAGGGUAGGCACUGGUUUUCCAGAUAAUUUUUCUCAAUAUUCUUGUACCACCCUUGCCUUUAGGCCUUUCCUGUGUUCCUGCAUCUCAGGGAGGAUCUCUCUCCAUGCCCGUGUCUCUCCCUUAGUAAUAGACUGCUGUUAUUACUUGGGUCUUGGUGACCUAAUGAAUAGGGGUCAGGAGUAGUCCUGGGCCAACCCCAGUUUUAGGCAGGACUUGUAUCCCUAGGUCUUGAGGGUGGAGUUUUUUUUUUUUUUUUUCCCCAUUGGUAAACGGCCUUUAGUGGUCUCAGCUCAGGAUGAUUACCCGCCCUUCCCCCAUGAAUGGAAGUUUUUUUUUUCCCUUUUCCUUUUUCUCUAGCCACAGCAGAUCUGCACCUGUAUCCUGGGGGUGACUGGGUUUGCAUCACUUCCCCCAGUGGUUUAAGGCUUUUGUUCUGUAAGGAAGUAGGGUCCCAUUGGGGCUUUGUGCCAUUUCUCUAUCAGCAGCUGUCCCCUUGCAGGCCUGCACCACUGAGAGAGGCUUUCUCCAGUCUCCUUCCCUACCCCCAUUAUUACUGGUGAGCAUCCAGUGGAGGUCUGUAGCAAAGAGCCUGCAAGUGAAGGCCGACUGUCCUUAGGUCUCCAGUUCUCAGGGGUUCUAUAUUCUCAUACUAUCCCACACUCAGCCUUUAAAAUUUCAUUAAAACCUCUUGCUGAAAUCUUGCUGCUAUGGCGGACCCAUCUUCCUUCUUGCUUUGCCACAGGUGACCCAGUGACAACUUCCUAUCUCCUUUGAGGCACUUGUCUUAUACGUCAAGCUAAUUGGUUGCUCUAUGGUCUUAGUUCUUUGAUGAGUUCAAGAAAAGUUAUGAUUUUGUAGAUUGCCCAUAUUUUUUUCUUAUUAUAAGAAUGGGAGCUAUGCUUUUUCCAGAUGUCUACAUCCCAGGCAGAAGACAGAAGUCUGGAUGGUCUCCUUUGGCCAUUAACAUAAAAAUAUAUGCCCCCCUUUCAAUGUGACUCUUCCACUUCACCCAUCAGGAGAUGGAGUCCAUUUCUCCAACCCUUAAAACUGGGCGUGGCCAUUUCUUUGGCCAAUGGGACAUUAGCAAAUACGACACAAGCAGAUGUUUGAGAAGUGCUUACACAUUGAGGUUUGCCCACUUUUGCUCCUCUUUGGAAUCCUAAGGACAAGUGUGAAAAGGCCCAGGUUGUGCUAUUAGGUGAUGAGAGACUUCAUGGAGCAGUGAUGGAAUAGAGAUGAACCAUCCCAGUUGAGGUUCCCGACACCAACCAGAUUUUCAUCUGCCAGACAUGCAAAUGAAGCUAUACUAGCCAUCCAACCCUGGUCAAGCCCACUGUGGUCAGUAGCAUCUGAGAUGACCCUGCACGAUCCUCAUUUCCUGGUAUCCACACCUUUGUAUAAUCCCCUCCUCGAGCUUGGGCUGGAUUUAGUGACUUGGUUCUAGUAAAUAGAAUGAAGCUGAGGUAAUGGGAUGUCACUUCCAGGGUUAGGUUACAGAGAAACUGUGGCUUCUGUUUCGGGUACUCUCUCAGAUGGCUCACCCUAGGGGAAGCCAGCUGCCAUCUCAUGAGGCAGGUCUAUGGAGAGACCCAUGUGAGUGAGUUUGGGAGCAUAUCCUCCCAGGCUAGCCUUCAGAUGAGACCAUAGCCCUAAAUGACAACUUGGCUGCAACCUUAUGAAGAUCUUCAGCCAGAGACACCCUUCUGAGCCUCACCUGAAUUCCUGACUCACAGAAACUGUGAGAUAAUAAAUACUUGUUGUUUUAAGCUGCUAAAUUUUAGGGUAACUUGUUACAUAGUAAUAGAUUAGUAAUACACUGGCGCAGAAUAGAAAAGCUCUGCCAUCCAUCCCACCCAUCCUGGACAACUCAUAGUAUCAUUGAUUAAGUAUUGAUUGUUUUAAGUGCUAAGUUUUGGGUGGCUUGUUACCCAGGAAAAAAGCUAACUAAUACAUUUAUUAUUUAUUGAAUUUCCUCCUCUGCUAUUCAUCUCCAACAGAUAACCAAUACUAAUCAACUACUAUGAACACUUUCAUGUUUUAAUCUGUGCUCUUAAUUAUAUAUAGACAUACAUAUGUCCCCAUGCUUAUAAUCAGAUAGAAGCUGUAUAAGGAUUGUUUUCUUCCUUAAAUUUCAAAUAUGGGAUCAUGUCAUACAACUAUCUCUGCAUCUUGCUUUAUUACUCAACAACUAUUUUGAAUGGUUGCAUGAUAGUUCAUAGGGAUGGAUAUGCAAUAAUUUAUUCAACCUUUUUCCUAUUAAGAUUUAUACACACACAUCCUUUUUUUAAACUUUUUUUGUCACUAGAAGCAAUGCUGUUAAAAAUAUUAAGAGGUAGUUUGCAUAGUGGUUAGGUAGAUGGGCUCAGGAACCAGUCUGCUAAGGUUUUAGUCCUAGCUCUACUAGUUACUGGCUAUGUUACCUUAGGCAGUUUACUUAACCUUCUUGUCCUAAUUUCUUCAGCAGUAAAGGACAUUCACACUAGUACAUAUUUCCUAGAUUUGAUAUGAAAAGUGUAUUAGCUGCUCAGGGCAAUUCUAACAAAGCACCACAACUUGAGUGGCUCAGACAGCAGAAAUUGAUUGGUCUCACAGUUACGGAGGCCAGAAGUCUGAAAUCAAGGAGUCAGCAGGGCCAUAUUCCCUCUGAAAGCUCUAGGAAAGGAACUGUUCCAUGCCUCUCUCCUAGUUUCUGGCAGCCUCAGGCAUUCCUUGGUAUUAGAUGCAUUACUCUAAUCACAUGGCCAUUUUCUCCCUGUGUAUCUUCACAUUGUGUACCCUUUGCAUGUCUGUCUCUGUGUCUAAUUUUCCCCUUCUUGUAAGGACCCAAAUCAUAUUGAAUUAAGCCCACCCUAAUGGCCUCAUUUUAACUUGAACACUUCUAUAAAGACUCUGUUUCCAAAUAAGUUUACAUUCUGAGAUACUGGGGGUUAGAACUUGGACAUAUCUUUUGGGGGGGGGACACAAUUACCCAUAACAAGAAGUUAAUGCAUUUGUUUGUAUAAAGCACUUAGAACUAUGCAUGAAGAGCAGGUCUCGAUGAAUAUUAGGUGUACCCCACUUCCUGUACCCUUUAAUUCUCUGUGCUUGGCCAGGAUAUGAGAGCUUGUUUGUGGUAUCUUAGUCUCAGCUAGUUACCUAAAGAAAAUGUACUGGGUAACUGGAAAAGCAGACCUAGGACCAAGGUUUGUGCUACCAACAUUUGAGGACCAGGCCAAGAGGAUAAUAGGAAGGAGCAGCCAGAGAGGUAAAAACAUACUAGGUGUGGGGCGCCUGGGUGGCUCAGUCGGUUAAGCGUCUGCCUUCGGCUCAGGUCAUGAUCCCGUGGUCCUGGGACUGAGCCCAGCAUCGGGCUCCCUGCUCAGCGGGAGGCCUGCUUCUC